AAUAGUCGAUAACAUUGACACUCUUGAAUUAUCUCCAGGGAAGCAAGAGGAGCAGCGGCAGCGCGGCCCAGCGGCGCGGACGCGAGUCGGGUGGGCCAAAGAGAGAAGCGGGAUUCCGUGACGAUUCACGAUUACGAGCAAUACGUGCCGUACGCCGUACGUAGCCGUACGUGCGAAUACGAGCCGCACCGCGCACGCAGGUCGCAGACUGACGCAGACGGCAGAGCGUGUAUAUACGUGCAGGAGGCGGUGGACCGGCGGGUGGAGUGCGUAGCGGAGCAGCGGACAGUGGACAGGCGGGUCAGGUGUAUGGACGAGCCACAAGCGUGUUGUGACUUUCCUCGUCGGAGAAAUGUCGUCGGCAACCGCCGCGGCGGCGUUGGAGUAAACGUUGAAACAUGUCCGGGCCGAUAGUCGGUCGCGCGCAGACUGCACUUGGCGACGGCGACGGCGACGGCGUUCGAAGAACGGCAGGUGCGGAGGCGAUUUGCGCGAUCUGCGACAGGACUGACAAGCUGUCGAGGUGCUCGCGCUGCAAGGUCGUCUUCUACUGCACGAAGGAGCACCAGAGACGCGACUGGAAACGCCACCGGGAGUUUUGCGCGACCCAUCCUGCGGCAACCGCCGCGUCCACGGAGGAGUCGUACUCCGCCGCUGCCGCUGCCGCUGUCGCCGCGAACGAGAGUCUCCCGUUCAAGCGGCAUCCCUCCUCUGUCGGCAAUCGUACAGCCUCGAGCGCACUGGUUCCUAACCUAAAAAAUAUAAACGAACCUUCGGACGCAUCGUGGGGCUUGAACGUCACCUCGUCGGAGCCGUGUCGAAACGUGAAACAUUUGGCAGAUUCUAAUGCUCGAGAAGAGAACGGAUCGAAUCAACAGGAACGGAAAGAGAAUCAAAGUCUUAAGAAGAAAUCGAAUAGCGGAAAGGCAAGGAACACGCGGAAUAACAAAGUCGAUGGCUGGACGUCGCCUAUAACGUAUGAGGGAAGUUCAGAGGACACUAUACUGGGAGCACGGGCUGAGCUCUUGAAUCCCAUUUUAGAGAGUUCAAGGAUUUUCGAUAGCUUAAGCAACGCAGACCUUGGCUCGUCCACUCAACAUCGUAACGGCAUGAAGAACCUGUCGGAGAUACAGGAUCAAGAAGAAGAACUUUUGCCUCCUUUUCUACAUAGGAACAGAAGUAAUCUCGAAGAACUUCUAGACAAAAUUUGUCAAUAUGUGAUAAGGGAUAUGGACAAGUACGGUGUAUGUGUGGUAGACAAGUUUUUAGGCAAGGAAAGAGGUCUCAAGGUGUUAGGUGAAGUGUUGAAUAUGUAUAGUGCCGGAUUAUUUCAAGACGGACAAUUGGUUUCUAAUAAAGGUAGCGCUAAUGACUUAAAGACGAUACGUGGCGACGAAAUAAUAUGGCUGGAUGGAAAAGAAGAACAGUGUGAAAAUAUUGGCACGCUGAUAUCACAGGUUGAUGCGAUCAUCAUGAGAGCCAAUAAAAUGCACAAUAACGGAAAAAUAGGAAACUAUACCAUCACUGGAAGAACGAAAGCGAUGGUAGCUUGUUAUCCCGGUCACGGCUCACAUUACGUGAAACAUGUGGAUAAUCCUAACCGAGACGGACGUUGCAUCACAGCCAUUUAUUAUCUUAAUCGGGAUUGGGACGUCAAGGAAAAUGGCGGACUUUUGAGGAUAUUUCCCGAAGGUUGGCGUGAUCAAGUAGCAAACAUAGAACCUUUAUUCGACAGAAUAUUAUUUUUCUGGUCGGACAGGCGAAAUCCACAUGAAGUGCAGCCAGCAUUUAAAACGAGAUAUGCCAUUACGCUUUGGUACUUUGACGCCGAAGAAAGGAAUCAGGCUUGCCGAAGAUAUCAAAGAGAAAGAGAACUACAUACGAAGAAUAAUAGUUCGUGAGAUAUAGAACGUGAAGGAUUAUUACGCCGUCCGAUUGGACUGAAGUUACACUUGUACAUAAAAUAUUAUGUAUUAUGAUAAUUUUUGCAGGAGGAAUUGAAUAACGUACGAAGAAAAUUAUCGAAGACAAUGCGUGUUUGCGAAGAAGUGCAAUAGAUGUAAGAGCGUACUUUUUUUUACAGAUGGCACUGUAAUAUAUGUGAUGAGUUAAUGUGUGUAGUUGUUGCAAUUUACGCUUAUAUAUACAUAUAUAUGUAUGUAUGUAUAUAUAAAAUCCUUUAUUUCAUUUUCUGAGAUUCUACGUGUUUGCACUUUGUAACCUAAUAUUUAAAAUUUGCUUCCUAUUUUAAAGAAAACUUAUAUUUGUGUCGAUCAUUAACUCUCUUCCGUUAUGUAAAGUAUUAACGAUAUUUAGAGCAUGUUGCAUUUGAAAUAUUUUAAGCAAAACUAUAGAAUAUACAAGAAUUUCUUCCAAAAAUUAUUACCAUUAAUCUAUCUUAACUUCAACUAAAUUUGUUUCUGUAAUGCGCCAUUUUUUUUAGCAAUAUCAAAGCAACUAGUUGCUAAAGGAUAAAAUUAUAUUGCUCACACAAAGUGUAAUGUUAGUAUUAUCAUGUUGUAAUGUUACGAUUGGACAUUAACAACUUUUUACGCUUACAUAAAGAUCAUGUUUGGUUUAUUACGGCCAGUAAUUGAUUGACUUAUGCUUCCAGUGCAACAAAAUUGAAAUAAAUUGGGGCCCAGUCUGUACCUGUAUAAUGUUAUGUAUAUUUCAAAAUGGUAGAAACACUGUGUUUAAUAUUCUAUGUACCUAUUUAUAUGAAUUGAUAGAAAAGAAUAAGCAUACGCGUACCAUCUAUGUCCUAUUUAGGUCUGACACAAUCCUAUUAGUUAUCCCACUAUAGGAAAUACAAAAGCAAGCAAACAAUUAGAGAAAGGUAUUACGUUCGUGAUAUUAUAAAUAUUCCAUCCUAAAAAUUGAAAUUGUCGUAAGUUCCUUCUCAAUAUUUCCUAUUGUAUCAUUGGACACAGAAAAUUAAUUGUAAGAAAUUAUCCGCAGAAGCCCUUCUCAUGAUUAAAUUAUUUUUGUCCUUUGGGCUUAAUUUGUUUCAGCGUUUACAUAGUGUAAAAAAUUACAAUUUAAGGACCUAUUAUCGGUGCGUUUUCGAAAUAUUGUAAAAAUAAACAAGAUUUUGUUAUCAAAGCGAAAUAAAUAUACAAAAUUA